AUGCCUCCAUCCUACCCUCCCAUGCCUUCAGCGUACGCCGUAAAAGUGCCCUACGAGAAGACCGCCCACCGCGUCCUCGCCGAAGAAGGCCGCAUCCUCUCCUACCUCUCCCGUUUCCCCGCGGCAGAGAGAUACCUCGUCCCCUACUACGGCCAAGACACACGCACCGACGCCCUCAUCAUGGGGUACAUGCCGUCCACGCUCGACAGCCUCAUCGCCACCGACCUCAACACACGCGACGAAACCGACCGCGCCGCCAUGCUUGCAGACAUCUUCCCGCACAUCGCGACCAACCUGCUCGACGGCCUCGCCUGGCUACAAGACAAGUCCUGCAUCCACGGCGACAUCAAGCCCUCUAACAUCCUCCUCGCCGUCAAUCCCUCCACCCACACACCGCACGCCGUCUUCGCUGACUUCUCCGCCGCCAUCUUGCCCUCGUUACCUGUGGAUGGUAGUAAAAAGACGAACAAACCGAUGGGCGGCGCAACGUGGGACUUCAUGGCCCCCGACCAAUUAACCUCCACGUCGACCCCUAGCUUCGAAGCCGACGUCUGGGCCCUCGCUAUGAGCAUCCUCAUCCUCGUCACCGGGGCCUCACCCUACGAGCGCGUCGCCCCGAACGCGAUUCUCAAGCGCGAAAUCCUCAAGCAGGGUGCGCCGCUGGACUACGUGUCCGCAGGGGAGAACGGCGUGCGGAGCGUCCUUCGGCUCGGCGCGUUGAGCAGAGGGCUGGGCUUCAAUUUCAAGAAGUGGGUUGGCAAAGUCUUGGUGCGGGAUGAGCGUCAAAGACUGGGUAUGAACGAGUGGAGGGACGAGCUGGCGGACGUGCUGAUGUAA